UCCACCUGCCAUCCCCGAGCGCCGCCAGCCCUGGGGCGUGCCCCGGCCGCCCCGUCUCCCCUCCCAGGGAGCAGCAUCCCUAGGCUGGCUGGUGUCUCCCGGGAGGCAGCUGCCAGGGGCUGGCUCGCUCCCAACCAAGCUGAAGCGAGGAGCCAGCUCGCUCCCGUCUCCACCCACAGUAAAACGUAAUGGCUGCAACUGUGUUUACCUGUAGUGUAAUCCUAGUGUUUCUGUCUUCAGUGAAGGCAGAGGAAUGCAUGGUACAUGAUGUGCUGCAUAGUCAAAAUUUGGUAUCUGUACUGGCAGGAGAACCGCUUACUAUUGAUUGUUUAUUAGAUAAAAUGUUGGCUCUUCAGCACAUGAAUUACAGCUUGACUUGGUAUAAAAGUGGGAGAAAAAUGCCUGUAACUCAAGUGAAACUUUCCAGAAUACAUCAGCACAAGAACUUGCUUUGGUUUAUGCCUGCAAUUUUAGAAGACUCAGGAUCCUAUGAGUGUGUCAUGUGGAAUUUAACAAGCUGCAACAAAAUAUAUUUCAGUGUAACAGUUUUCAAAAAUACUGCUGGUUUGUGUUUUAAUGGGGAUUUUCUCUAUGCUCAAGAGAUAUCCGCAUCAUCAAAUGAAAAGAUUGUGUGUCCUCAUCUAGACCAUUUCAGAGAUGAGAAAAAUACUUUACCCAUUCACUGGUAUAAGGAAUGUAAUCUGAUUGACAAUGAAAGAUUUCUAAGUUGGGAUGAUGAUCUCAUAAUAAAUAGUGCAAAUGUAAAUGAUUCAGGAAAUUACUCAUGCAAAAUGACAUAUAAUUAUAUGGAAAAAGAAUAUAACAUUUCACGAAACAUUUAUGUAACUGUUAUAGAGACCCCACUGAGGAAGAAAACUGAAAUUCUUUAUCCAAGAAACAACACAAUUGAAGUGGAACUUGGAUCCAAUGUUAUCGUGGACUGCAAUGUAUCAAGUUCUAAAGAUAAUUCAAUUGGAAUAUCCUGGAGAGUCAAUAAUACUUUAGUCAAUUUUUUGUUUAUGGGGAGAGUCCAAGAGGGAAAUCAAGAAGAUUCUUUCCCAGAUAGGUACUUAUUCUCUACAGUGACGCUCAACAUCACAGAAGUGAAGCAAGAGGAUUAUGGACAUGAGUUUGUGUGUCAUGCUGGUGAAGUUGCAGCCUACAUUGCAUUAAGACAGCCAGUUCGAAAUUUUCAGGGAUACUUGAUUGGAGGACUCAUUGCACCAGUGUUUGUAAUAAUUGUUGCCAUAUUAAUCUACAAGUAUUUCAAGGUUGACAUUGUGCUCUGGUAUCGAAAAUCGUGUCGUCCCUUUCUGAAUAAAGAAGUUUCAGAUGGGAAGAUUUAUGACGCAUAUGUAUUGUAUCCAAAAAUCAACAAAGUAGAUUGCAUCUACACACCAGAUAACUUUGUGCUAAAGCUGCUUCCUCAGGUUUUAGAGAGACAGUGUGGAUAUAAUCUGUUUAUACUUGGAAGAGAUGAUUUACCAGGAAAAGCUCUGGUCAAUGUUGUUGAUGAAACCAUUAAACAAAGCAGAAGGCUUAUAAUUGUGUUAGUACCAGAAUCAUCAAGUUGCAGUUUGUUAGAGGAUAUCUUUGAACAGCAACUGGCUGUGUACAAUGCUCUUAUCCGGGAUGGAAUUAAAGUUAUUCUGAUUGAGCUAGAUAAAAUAAAGGACUAUGCGAACAUGCCAGAAUCAAUUAAAUACAUUAAGCAAAAGCAUGGGGCCAUCAGAUGGAAAGGAGACUUCACAGAGAAAUCUCAUUCAGCAAAUACUAAAUUUUGGAAAAAUGUCAGAUACCGAAUGCCACCCAGAUGUCCAACUUUUUCAGAACUACACUUGCUGCCAACAGCCUUGAACACCUUUCAAACCACAGAAAGAUGAGGCAUGUGUCACUUUAAUGGCCCUGGGCAGCUCCAUUUUGAAGGCUGUUUUGAUGGAUUUUGUUAGAAUGCUGAUUGUGUACAUGGUAAAUGGAUGAUUUCACUUAAAACCUUUUAGGACUGCAUUCACAGGUUAAAGAAAGCUAAUUCUCAUUCCUCUGUGCAGAGCUAGCCAGCAGGAUACACAGACGUAUUCCUUCAAUGUUAUAUUAAUGGCAAUAUUAGAAUGAUGACAGCAGAAAAGAAGCACUGAACACACCAGAAACCUCUGGAGAAAAAAUAAGCUUUUGAAAGGACACUUAAGAACCUUUUUGAACAGUGUGCUUCUAGAAAAAAAUAUAUUCAAGCAGAUUAAGUAUAAUGAAUAUUCUGGUAUCUUUUAUGUUAACUGGGUCCAGAUUUAUAUUGAAUUUUGUU